AUGACAUCUUCCUACUACUUGAGCUCAGCCUCAUCGGGAACUCGCCGGAAAAGUAGCCGGAAAACUGGUCUGAGAAAGCGGUGUUUGUUAAUGGUGAAGCAACAGAAGACCCGAUUUUACAUCCUUGGACGCUGCGUUUCGAUGCUACUUUGCUGGCACGAUCACUCCAUAUCAGAUUAGCUUAAAUCCUUAAUUCUAAGCCUAUAGCUAAAGCUGACUAUAUUGUCUCAUUGGGGAUUCCAUGGGAGGUAAUAGGAGUAGGAGAUGAGCUUUCUUUUGGGAUCAAAGAUUAGAUUUCUUCCGGCAUAGAAAACAGAGAAGCAUAUAACGUUUGUAUGUAUAUAUAUAUUGGAUCUUUGUUACUCUGUAAUAUAGAUGAGUUUCUUUUUGGUGGUUGAGAAACUAUUACUAGCUAGUAUUAUGUAAUUCAGUUCCUUUACAAUAGGAUCAAUCCAUGUACAUACAAAAUUUCUAGUUAUUCAAUUUAAAGAACGAGAAAUUGAAAUUCA